AUGGGGUCGGCGGCCCAGGGCGCAGCAGAGAACCAGGGUGCGGAGCUCUGGGCGCUAUCUGCGCAUCGCUCCGGGAUCAAGCCAACAGCUCGGCUGGGCGAGCAGGCGGACCGCCGGAGCUCCCCGAGGCCGGGUCUCGGCGGGCGGGGGCCGCGAGCGGCGCGCCGCCGGGAGCGGUGCGCACAGAAACGCGAGGCCACCGCGCGCUCCCUGGGCUGCGCUCAGCCGCUGUCCUCCGCCGGCCGCCCGCCCAUGCCGGGGCCGCGGAGAGCCGGCCGCAGCUGCAGGCCCUGCCCCGGGCGGCCCGCGGGCGGGGGCCAGGCGGGGGCGGGGCGGGCGCGGUGCCCGGGCGGCGAGGCGGGGGCGGAGGCAGACCUGGCCGGGGCUCGGCGCACCUGCCAGUGCCCGCGAGGGACGUGGAGCCUCCGGUGGCCGCGGGGGCGACGGCUGAGCUCCUUUCUCGCCGGCGCCCAGUACCCAGGAGACCUGCCACCCCUGGGGAGCCGGCGAGCUGUGGGGAGAGUCGCGCCGCGCCGCGCAGCUCCCGGUGGCCGGAGCUGUCCCCGCCCCGGAGGCAGCGUCGGCCGUCCAUCCAGGGAAGGGACCGACGCGACCCACGCGUGCGCCCUCCGUCUUCCCCCUCCCCCUACAAGGAGACACCGAGGUGCGCCUGACGCGCGAGAGGCCGGGUGGAAGAGGGGUGCCUUCGCGCCAUUCCUGGCGCUGCCCAGGCAGACACAGAAAAGGAACUCCCGGAUAAUCAGAAAGAAUAGAAAAGACCCGAUUCCCGCCUCCCCCCCCCCCACAAGCUGGAGAAGCCGCAAAUGGAAUACAAGGUGUUCUCUGUGCGCACCGCAACCCCGGUGGAACCCAGUGUUCCCACGCUCCCACGGAUCCUCGUCUUCUCCAGGAUGGAGGAUAAUUUGGAGGAGAAAAAUGAUACAUCAAUACAGUAAGAAGCAAGAGCCAAUUGUCUACCAGGAGAUGGGUCAUCUACACUUCAUGUGCCCAGGCCCAGAAGUCAUUAUAUGGGAAGUGGGGAUACAAUACUUCUUUCAUGUCUGGAUUGAAAACCAGUUCCAGGGAAAUGAUGACAGAGCUGUGGUCACUCAAACCUCAUCCAAACAGAGGUCUAGAGAAAGAAACACUAUACUGGAUAUGCCACCAAGGCUCAAAGAGUAUUGUGGAAGAGGGUGAAGAAAGAUUGUAAGAGCCUCAGGGUGGGUGGUAAUAGCUUGAGACUUCAUGUUUCACCAUUCCUGCAAAGACUGAGGCCUCUUGGUCCCCACAAUGAAUACCAACAACCCCACAAAAGACUCUCAUCAGAAUUGGGAUUGGGGAGAGGGUGGUCU